AGUGACGGACGGCCCACAUUAUAACAUCAGGACACCAGUGGCUCCACUUAGUGUGUGGGCACUUGAGCACAAUGGCUCUCCUCAAGCUCUUCCCCACAGACUACACCACGGCCCUAUCGCUGCUGGCCCUCUUUCUCUUCCUGGUCGUGUCUGUAAUCCGGCGGAGAGUUCCCAGGAAUUUCCCUCCUGGACCGACUCCGCUUCCUCUGAUCGGAAACCUGCACCAACUGGACCUCAAGAAGCUGGACUGGUCUCUCAUGGGGCUCGCAGAGAAAUAUGGAAAUGUAUUUUCAGUGGAGCUUGGGCCGCUGAAGGCAGUGGUGUUGACUGGUUAUGACGCAGUGAAAGACGCUCUUGUGAAUCACGCUGAUCAAUUCAGUGGGAGGCCACCCAUCCCCAUAUUUGACGAUUUUUCAUUCCGAACUGGUGUUGUGCUCAGUGAUGGGAAGUUGUGGCGGGAGAACCGAAAGUUUGUGAUCUCAGCUCUCCGAGGCUUUGGCAUGGGCAAGAAAUCCAUUGAAGACAGGAUCAGUGAAGAGGCCAGCUUUCUUGUCAAUGUGUUUGAGAGUCACAAGGGUCAGCCUUUUGAAACAGCACGGAUUUUGAAUUCGGCCGUGAGCAAUAUUAUCUGUUCCAUUCUAUUUGGAGAUCGCUUUGAUUAUGACAACAAAAUAUUUAACUCCCUCAUAAACAUGAACAAUGAGAUGACAACAUUGACUGGAACAGCUUCAAUACAACUGUACAAUUCUUACCCAUCUCUGGGAUUUCUGAUUCCGGCUCGCAGGAAGAUGAUUGAAAAUCGAGAUAAGAUGAUGGAAAUCUUCGACAGUUUCUUCAAAGCGGCUGAAGAAACCUUGAGUGAGAACAGCAUUCAGACCCUAAACGAGGCCUUAAUUCUGAGGCAUCAGCAGGAAUCAAGAGGCCAAGAUGAGGAAAUUCAGAAAAGGAACACAUUGAUGAUAAUCAUGGACCUGUUUGGUGCCGGCACAGAAACCACUUCCACCACCGUGUGCUGGGGACUCCUUCUCAUGAUGAAAUAUCCGGAUAUCCAGAGUAAGGGAAUCUCUAACUUUGUGUUUGUCAGUUGUUGUCGGUGUCCAAACUGUUACUUGAUCAUAUGGAUAGGACUAUCGAGCCUGACCUCGGUGCUGCAUGACAAAACUCAAUGGAAGACUCCAAAGGAGUUUAACCCAGCUCACUUCCUGGAUGCUGAUGGGAAUUUUGUGAAGAGAGACGCCUUCAUGCCUUUCUCUGCAGCUACCAGGAACAAACUGGGCACUGCACCGGGACAUAGGAGGCAAAGGAGAAAGAUGGUAGAUACAGAUGGCAUCCUUGGUGAGCAGGAUCGAGAGUCAUGCAUUGUUUGUUACCAGCCCAGUGCCAUGGUAAAGGACAUCUCAAAUCAGUUUGAGAAGAUAUUGGAGUGGGAGAGGGAGGAUCCAAUAGCUGUGGUCCAUGUUAGCACCAGUAACAUAGCAGCAUGUGUACGACCAAUCUCUAAUGACCAACGACAUGAUGAUGAUUGCUUGGUCCAGGGUUUGGGCCCCAUGCUGUUGGACACUGCAGAGCACUACAAUCACAGACGUCUUCAAUCUGCAUUGUGUAGGUACCUGAUUGAUGCAACUGUCCCUUGA